AUGGGAUCAUUAAAGAGUUCUGUCUUCAUCUUGGUCCUCCACCUUCUAGAAGGGGCCCUAAGCAAUUCCCUCAUUCAACUAAACAACAAUGGCUACGAAGGCAUUGUCAUUGCCAUUGAUCCCAGCUUGCCAGAAGAUGAAGCGCUCAUUCAGCAGAUAAAGGACAUGGUGACUCAAGCAUCUCCAUACCUGUUUGAGGCCACGGGGAAAAGAUUUUAUUUCAAAAAUGUUGCCAUUUUGAUUCCUGAAACCUGGAAGACAAAACCUGACUAUGUGAGGCCAAAACUUGAGACCUUAAAAAAUGCUGAUGUUCUGGUGGCUGCACGUAGCACCCCAGAUGAUGAUGAGCCCUACACUGAGCAGAUAGGAAAGUGUGGAGAGAUGGGGAUACAGAUUCACCUCACUCCGAACUUCUUAGCAGGAAAGAAGUUGGCUCAGUAUGGACCACAAGGUAGGGUGUUUGUCCACGAGUGGGCUCAUCUACGAUGGGGAGUGAUGGAUGAAUACAAUUACGAUGAGAAGUUCUACUUGUCCAGAGGAAGACCCAAAGCAGUAAAGUGUUCAGAAGCUAUUAGUGGUGAAAAUAGAAUAUAUCAGUGCCAGGGAGGCAGUUGUGUCACUGGAAAAGCCUGCAGAUUCGACAAAGUAACAGGACUGUAUGAAAAAGAUUGUGUGUUCAUACCGCAUAAGCAACAGACUGAGAAGGCUUCCAUAAUGUUUGCACAAAGUAUCGAUUCAGUGGUUGAAUUCUGUACAGAAAAAAAUCACAAUAAAGAAGCUCCAAACCUCCAAAACCAACGAUGCAAUCUCCAAAGCACAUGGGAAGUCAUCCAGGAAUCUGAGGACUUUAAGCAAGCCACUCCCAUGACGACUCAGCCCCCUACACCUACCUUCUCACUGCUGCAGACUGGACAAAGAAUUGUGUGUUUAGUUCUUGAUAAGUCUGGGAGUAUGUCGGUGAUUAAGAAGAAAUACCCAACUGACGGAGCUGAAAUUGUGUUGCUGACCGAUGGAGAGGACAACACCAUCAGCAGUUGCUUCGAUGAGGUGAAGCAGAGUGGAGCCAUCAUCCACACAGUGGCCCUGGGGCCCUCUGCAGCUAAAGAGCUGGAGGAGCUGUCCACAAUGACAGGAGGUUUGCAGACAUAUGUUUCGGAUCAGGCUCAAAACAACGGUCUUAUUGAUGCCUUUGCUGCUCUUUCAUCAGGAAACAUACCUGUCUCUCAGCGUUCCAUCCAGCUGGAGAGCAGGGGAUUAACUCUCCAGAACAAGCAGUGGAUGAAUGGCACAGUGGUGGUGGACAGCACAGUGGGGAAGGACACUUUGUUUCUCAUCACCUGGACCACACAAUCUCCCCAAAUUCUUCUCUGGGAUCCCAGUGGAAUAAAACAAAGUGGCUUUGUAGUAGAUGCAGCCACCAAAAUGGCCUACCUCCAAGUCCCAGGCACUGCCAAGGUUGGCGUUUGGACAUACAGUCUUCAGGCAAGCUCACAAACUUUGACUCUGACAGUCACCUCCCGUGCAUCAAGUGCUACCCUGCCUCCAAUUAUAGUGACCCCCAGAAUAAAUACGAACACAGGCAAAUUCCCCAGCCCCAUAGCAGUGUAUGCAACUAUUCGUCAAGGGGCCUCACCCAUUCUCAGGUCCAGUGUCACAGCCUUGAUUGAAUCUGCAAAUGGAAAAACAGUUACCCUGGAAUUAUUGGAUAAUGGAGCAGGUGCUGAUGCUAUCAAGAAUGAUGGUGUCUACUCAAGGUAUUUUACCACUUAUGAUGCAAAUGGCAGAUACAGUAUUAAAAUAUGGGCUCUGGGAGGAAUUACUUCAACAAGACAGAACGUGGCACCCCAGAAGAAUGGAGCCAUGUACAUAGUUGGCUGGAUUGAGAAUGGUGAAAUCAAAUUGAAUCCACCACGCCGUGAAAUUAGCAAUGUUCAAGACAAGCAGCUGUGCUUCACCAGAACAUCUUCAGGUGGCUCAUUUGUGGCCUCCAACGUCCCCAAAGUUCCCAUUCCUGACCUCUUUCCACCUUGCCAAAUCACUGACCUGAAGGCGAGCAUUCAAGGGUACAAGUUUAUUAAUCUGACUUGGACAGCUCCUGGGGACGAUUAUGACCAUGGUCAAGCUUCUGAGUACAUCAUUCGAAUAAGUACAAACAUUCUUGAUCUCAGAAACAAGUUUAAUGUUUCAGUCCAAGUGAACACCACUGGUCUCAUCCCCAAGGAGGCCAACUCAGAGGAACUCUUCAUGUUUGAACCAGAAAACAUCAGUUUUGAAAAUGGCACAGAUCUCUUCAUUGCUAUCCAAGCUGUGGAUAAGUCCAAUCUGAAAUCAGAAAUAUCCAACAUUGCACGAGUAUCUCUCUUUAUUCCCUCUCCAGAGCCAACCAUCCCUGACGAGACAUUCGCUCCUUGCUCUGAUAUUAGCAUCAACAGCACCAUUCCUGGCCUCCACGUGUUAAAAAUAAUGUGGAAGUGGUUAGGGGAAUUUCAAGUGACUCUAGGCUUGCACUGA